AUGCCCGACGACGCCGUCGACGCGCUUCAAACGGUGGACGUGAACGCCCCCGUGCCCCAAUCAUCGGACGCACCGUCGCAGGAGGAGCGUAAACGCGUCGAGAAUGUUCAAAAUCAAAUCUCGACAGCUCGCGAUGAUCUCCCUCUCAAGGACGAUUCCGGCGCCGAUGACGCGCCUUUGACGGCGUCCAAGGCGGGAGAGACGCCCACGGGCGCGUCGGUGCAACCAACGGCGAAGAAGCCGAGGACGACGAACGGGGAGCGCGCGCCGAGGGAGAUUGAUCUCGACGCGCUCCCGGAGACCCUGCGCGAGUGGAAGACAAACGCGGAGCGCGAGCUGAGAAGUCUGUGGGGGAAACAUCGUCUGCGGUUGCUCGAUUGGUUCGAGGUGAAGGGUUCGAUCAAUAAGUGCAUCGUGUCGUGCCCGAGCGGGGCGCUCAGGGAGAAGAUGCGAGAGCUGAGGGACGACGGCGUGUUCGGGAGCUCGAUGGUGCCCUAUUUGCAGCUCCUGCGAGACGUCUUCGACGAGACGGAUGAGUACAAGGAUAACCUGGAUGAUGAAUUGAAUUACGAUGACUUUUACGACGACGAUAGCGAAGACGAAGAUAGCGAUGAGGACGAAGACGAAGAGGAUGAAGCGGAUGAAGAGGAGGAGAUUCCGCAAAUCGCGCGCGCGCCAAAGGCGACGCCCGCGACCGAGCCGACGCGAAACGCGAGUAAACCCGGCGCCUCACGCUCAGCGCCGACGACGGAGGAGAUGGAUGAGAUCAGGAUUAAGUUUAGCAAGUUCUGUCAAUUUUUGGGUCAGUACUUCUCCGAGAAGCGCUGCGAGGUCGAGGACGUGGUCGAGAUCGUGGACCGCGCUCGCGAAGACGGCUUUGAGGACGCCCAAGAGGUGAACAAAUUCCUCGAGAUCAUGCAGCGUAGAAAUAUGAUCAUGUACGACCAAAACGACUGGCGCGUGUACAUAUUGUAA